GCUGCUCCGAGCUGGCACAAAGGAGGGUUUGAUCUUCCGGGUUGCGGGGUCAUGUUUUGUCUGCAGCUAUAUUUGACUGUUAGCUGAGUUGCUAACGAGCUUAACCGGCUUCCGACCAAGUCCGGAGAGAACACAUUGUACAACCUGUACAACUUCGGGAUAUUUUAAUGUUUUAUCGAGUAGCUUCUACCUAGCUAGCCGACCAAGCUAGCUUAAUUAGCUAACACUCGGACUCCGAGUGUGAAGCUGGUUGAACAGACUUAAUAUGGGAAGCGAAGAUAAACGAUUAUACAGUUUUGGAGAGGAGCCACCCACUGAUGUAUGAACAGACGGAGCCGCCUCAGAGGCAGCAGUCCACGACUGGACAAGCCAGGAGCAGAAGAAGGUCCGGACCAGAUACGAUGGGGGGAGCGAUGGCACCAGUCCUGCACUGGCUGCACGAUGUGGCGGCUGUGACUCUCCUCAAAGCCCGGCGGACUUUAUUUCAGGCUGCCGUCCUUCUCUGCGUCCUAGUGCUGCUGCUCUGGGUGUCCAUCUUUCUCUACGGGAGCUUCUACUACUCCUACAUGCCCACUGUGAGCUUCUCCACCCCUGUGCACUUCUACUACACCUCUGAUUGUGACGCCUCAGAGUCAGCGCUCUGCUCCUUCCCCACAGCCAACAUCUCCUUCAUGAAGAACGAGAGAGAUCAGGUGAUGGCUAAUGGUCAGCCCUACAGAGUGUCCCUGGAGUUGGAGAUGCCAGAGUCUCCAGUGAACGAGCAUCUGGGUAUGUUCAUGGUCAAGAUGUCUUGUUACACUAAGGGGGGGAAGACUGUGUCAUCAGCGGGCCGGUCCACGAUGCUGCACUACCGCUCCAACCUUCUGCAGACCCUGAACACACUCCUGUUCUCUCCUGUCCUUCUGACUGGGAUGACGGAGCAGAAGCAGCUCAUAGAAGUGGAGCUCUUCUCAGACUACAAGACGAAUGCUUAUCAGCCUACUGUGGGUGCAGUCAUUGAGAUCCAGUCCAAACGGGUGCAGAUCUACUCAUCCCAGCUCCGUAUCCACGCUUACUUCACUGGUAUACGUUAUGUUCUGUACAACUUCCCCCUGACAUCUGCAGUGAUCGGCGUGGCCACCAACUUUGCCUUCCUCAGUGUCAUCGUGCUGUUCAGCUACCUGCAGUUUGUGUGGGGCGGGCUGUGGCCUCCAGACCAAGUGAGAGUCAGAGUUAUGAUGGGAGACAACACCCGCAUCCAGCAGAGGAAGGAGGAGGCCCGAAAGCGCAUGGAGAAGGAAAACUCGCAGAAGGAACUUAACGCUCCUAAAGUGAUCGGAGCUGUGAGUGAGGCAUCUGAUUUCAGUGGAAACGACACUGCGGCGGAGCAGCCAUCAAAGAGCCCCUCUGUCAUCGCUGAUGCCCCCGAGCCUGAUGUGGCAGAUAGUAAAAACGACGAGUCCCAUGACUCCGAGGGGCCCGAGGUGAACAACAGUUCAGAGGCGUUGAACGGAUCCCUGCCACCUCAACCGGGCGAGACGGCACUUCGGCAGAGACCCGGACCCUGGAUGAGCCUGUGAAAGAUGCCGCACAGUCCUGUAUGCUCAUCUGCCUCCUAACGUCUCGUCCCCCCUUCAGCAGCUUGAAUGUGAUUUGGCAGAUGUUGAUAGAUUAAAGCAAACCUAUUGUUUCAGUCGGACUAAACUCACAUGCAUGAGAAUAUGUUACCUGUGUUGUUUAGUUGGCGCUCUGUAGCUUAUUGUCUUGAUAACAGUUUACCUCGUUGUGACUUUGACCUCUGCUCAUGUCUUUCUUCUGAACGCAGCGCUGUUACAGCUGUCAUGUUUGUGCCAUUUGAGUUUUGGAGGUGCUGCAUUCCAGUUCUGGCUUGUCCAACAGUAUUGUCUCUCACGAGGUGUUUGCAAUAAUUUAACACGCCCUCUUAAGUUAGUUGAACCUGCUUGUGUUUUGCUGUAGUGAUUUCCGUGAGGUGCUACUUCCUCACAUCGCCGCCAACACUCAUUAAACGAGGCGACAUUCCCGUAAAAACAAACACAAACAGUGACUCUCUGGAUUGGAACGCCAAUAAAUUAAAACCCCCUUUUUGAAUCUGGAUGCCCUGCAGUUGAAAUUAAGUUGUAGCUUCUCGUGAUGCCUUUUUCUCAGAGGUUCUUUCAGAGCAAUUAGAUGAGGAACAUUUGUCCCAAAAGAGUCUUUGUUUUUUAAAAAUGUCAAAGUGCAUUCAUUCCAGGCAGACAGAUUAAAGCGGUUUAUUGCAUUUCUUGUUUUUCAUGCUACAUAGAUGUUCUGUCUUAGUGCAACGUGUGACUUACCGCUGUGGCACAUUUCGUUCACGCUUCAGCGAUUUUCCACAGUUCAUUCCACGAGGCUCUUACUGUGCAGUUUGCACUUCUGCACUUUGAGGUUGUAAAAGUGGUAUUUAUUUUCUUCUUGUUACAACGAAGCACCAACGCAUUUUAGAUGGGUCUUUUAAGUAAUAUGUGUUUAUUAACAAGUGUGAAACGUGUCUGUAUUAAACAUUAAUGAGCAUACAGUGUAGGAAGGAUGAGUAAAGUUACUGUUUUUGAAGUAAAUGCCCCUUUGUGAAGCAGUUGAAUCGAAGGUGAUGCAGGUUUGUUCACGCCUCCACGUGUUUAUCCUCCACUUCAGGGGAGCUUUGGGUUCAAGAAAGUUUGUGUAAAGAACGCUGCAAGUGGUUUAUGCAGGGAGGGGAUGGUACCAAAGAUAUUGUUUAAUAUGAUGCGCUGAUAAUCUGUCAUCUUCUGAAGAUGUAUGGAAGUAUUAUGUUUGCAUCGAACAAAAUAAAUAAACGCAGAGCUGUGUGCUUCUC